UUCUUUCUGUCUCCAUUUAUUAAUGUUUCAAACGGUUGUUUUUCUCUCUCUACACCUUCACUCCAUUCUCUCUCUCUACACUCCAACAAUUUCCCAAUUUUUUUGCUUCAAUUUCUUUUCUUUUUCUCUUCAUCUUCCAGCAUCAAUUCAAUUCCUUAACUAAGUUUUUGUCUGAAAAGAAAAAAAAAUGGUUUUGUGGUGGGUGCUAUCUGCUUCUCUUUCACUUUAUACUCAAAUUCAUAGCUGACCCAUUUCAGUUUUUCAACUUCUUUCUUGAUUCAUCUUUAAACUGAGUUCUGCUUUGAAAAUGGGAGUUGAAAAAGAAGGGACUAAAAGUGGAGGUAGUUUUUUCCACUUGUUUGACUGGACCUCGAAAUCGCGUAAGAAAUUAUUUGCAUCCAAGUCAGAUUUACCAGAGUCAUUGAAACAGGAAAGAAAAUCCAAUCACAAUGUGGCAGUGAGACACCCCUAUCUGGUGGAUGAAGACGAUAACGGAGUAGGGGAAUGUGUUAGAGGAAGCUGCGAUCAUAGUUAUGCUUCAUCAGUUACCGACGACGAAGCAUGUGGAACAAGAGCACCUAAUGUAGUUGCAAGGCUUAUGGGAUUAGAUUCAUUGCCUUCUUCCGGUUUUUCUGAUCCCUACUCUACCCCGUAUUUCGAUACCAGAUCCCUUCAAGAUUCUCAGUUCCUUCGAAAAAACCAUGAGUAUGAUAAUCAGAACCUAUAUUCCGGAAAGCUUGGUGAAAAAGUUGAAGGAUCUUCUAGGAACUUCAUGGAGCCAAAGGCUCAAAAGACCAUAAUUAGGCCAAUUGAAAAGUUCCAAAAAGAAGUGUUACCUCCAAAAUCAGCUAAAACAAUUCCUGUUACACACCAUAAACUUUUGUCCCCUAUUAAGAACCCUGGUUUUGUUCCAACCAACAAUGCUGCUUAUAUAAUGGAGGCUGCUGCAAGAAUAAUUGAACCUGGAUCACAAGCAAAGGCGAAAACACCUUUGGCAUCAUCGACCGUCUCAUUGAGGGUUAAAGAUCUCAGAGAUAAAUUGGAUUAUUCUCAAAAAGGGCCUCUAAUUGGUACAUCUUCGAUAGCCUCGAGGACUCGAGAGAUAAAAGAAAAAAGAGAAAUUUCUCAAAGAACAAGCAGGGUUUUGGAAAGUUCACAAAGGUCGGUUGAAUCAAAUGCUGCAAAGUAUUUAAAGGGACAAUCUUUGAACAGAAGCUGGAAUGGAUCUGCGGAAACGUCUGUCAAGUCUCCUACACAUGCAGAAGAAGACACUUCUUUGAAGAAUAAGGGGAAGUCUGUUUCGCUUGCAAUCCAAGCAAAAGUGAAUGUUCAAAAAAGGGAAGGUUUGACUUCGAACGGUGGAAGAAGUUUGAUGGCCCAAAAAGAGCAACUUGACAUGAAAUCCAAUCAGCCACCUAAGUCAAAUGCUCAGAAAAAUUUGCAUAGGAAAUCUUCUAGCCAGAAUUCUUCUAAUGUUCUCAGGCAGAAUAAUCUGAAACAGAAUCAUUCGAUGGAUAAUAAUGAGAAAUUACUAUCUAAGCCAUUGGUUUCCAAUUCACAAGGUAGUAGAAAAGGUAUGACAGGAGAUUCAUCUUACGGACGUCAUAGAAGCUCUGGUAGUAAAUCCACUGCAAAAUCUAAAGCUGGAUCACGAAAGCCGGCCGUGGAGGUGACCGAUAGCGAAAAUGAAAUCCUGUAUACCAGCACAAACAAUUUUCCUAGAAAGAAAAGGUCUACAGACAAGGAAUGGAAUGAUAGAGUUGUGGAUAAUUUGUUCAUCGACAAAACUCCAAAGCCAGUUAAGUCGAAUCUAGCGAGUAAUAAACAAUAUGGUUGGGCUGAAGAAGGAAAAAAGAAAGACAUCGAUGUAGUUUCCUUCACAUUUACUACACCAUUAACAAGAAACAACAAUCCUGGUUUCGAGACAUCCGGACAAAGUGGCCGGAAUACUAAUGAACUUUCGUUGGAUCAACGCAUUAAAAGAGUGUUGCUUGACACAGACAAUACAAGGUCUCCAAUAAAAUACAAUGUGAUUGGUGGUGAUGCUUUAGGUAUCCUUUUAGAACAGAAGUUGAGGGAAUUGACAUGCAGUGUUGAAGCUUCCUGCAAUGAUGUUUCUAAAGUGAGGCAACCUUCCAUUACUGCACCAAAGUCAAAUGAUCAAGUAAACAACUUUAAUAUAGUUAACAUCAAUCCAAGAUUGCAACAGAAGAAAGACCAAGAUGUGUCAUUUACCGACAGUUUAAGCAGUAGCCACGGUUCUGAUAUGUCCUUCACCAAUCUGCCAGAAUUUUCCUUGAAACAUAAAUCAUGGGGUGAUGAUAUGGAGCCACUGUCAUUCAAUCGCCGACAACCAAGUCCAAUCUCAGUUCUCGAGCCUUCUUAUUCGAUCGAAAGCUGCGAAUCCUCAAUGAGCGCAGACAUUACUAGUAUAGAAGGAAGCAAGAUGUUUCCAUCUAUUCAAGCUCAGGAAAUUCAUGGCUUUAAUUUUUCGAGGAAAUUCUAUCCUACGGAAACAGAUGCAGAGUUAUCCGACUCGGCUUCUUCAACAUCAACCGGAACUAUGAUGAAGAAGCGAGCAAGUACAUUUUCUGUGAUGAAGUUUGGUGAAAGAUCAAGUACAUGGGAGUUGGACUAUGUGAAAGAGAUAUUAUGCAAUGUUGAGUUGAUGUAUAUGGAUUUUUCCCUCGGCCGAGCUCGCGAGAUUGUAAACUCUCAUCUGUUCGACCAAUUGGAAAGCCGAAAAGGAGGUUGUUUCAAGCGUGAUGAUGAAUCUAGGAUAGGAAGGAAAGUUAUAUUUGAUUGUGUGAGUGAAUGUUUGGAUUUGAGAUGCAGACGUUAUGCCGGAGGAGGAUACGAAAUGUGGAAUAAAGGGGUUGAAAUGGUAAGAAGAAGGGAUUGGUUGGCAGAAGAUGUGUACAAGGAGAUUUCUGGUUGGAAGGCGAUGAGGGAUUCAAUGGUUGAUGAGCUUGUGGACAAGGAUAUGAGUAGUCAAUAUGGAAAGUGGCUAGAUUAUGAAGUUGAUGCUUAUGAAUUUGGAGAAGAAGUUGUGGAUCAAAUAUUUAAUUCUUUGGUUGAUGAUGUUGUUUAUGAAUUCUUGCAAUUUUAAACACUUUGAUGCAAUUUCAGGCUGUUGGGUUAUAUGAUUAAAUCAUUAUUUUCCUCUUGUUGAUUCAUUGAUGGAAGUUGGAUUAUUAAGUCUUUUAUAAAUAUAGUGUUUUUUGGGAA